AUGGAUGACGAGGACAAAAUCAAUAUUCCACACCUGGCUAUGCUUGCCCGUCUGUCCCUGGACGACGCCGCCAUCAGGCGUGCGGAACAGGAGCUGCACAACAUCAUCACCAUGAUCGACCAGAUGCAGGCAGUGGAUACCACCGGUGUCAUACCCAUGGCCCACCCAAUGGAUGCUCAGCAACGUUUACGCAGUGACCAGGUCACCGAACAUGUCGAUCGCGAGCGUUUUCAACGCAACGCACCGGCCACCGCCGAGGGCUACUAUCUGUACAGUGCCGUUGAGCUGACCCAGUAUUUCCUGACUGAAAUUAAACGCCAGCAGCCCACCAGCAACGCUUUUAUUACGGUGGAUGAACAAGGCAGCCUGAACGCCGCCGCCGCGGCUGAUGCACAGAUUGCCAACGACCAGGGCGGCGCGCUGACCGGCAUCCCCAUGGCACACAAAGACGUGUUCUGUACCAACAACGUGCUGACCACCUGUGGCUCGCGCAUGUUGGAGAACUUUGUCGCCCCUUACGACGCCACCGUUGUCCACAAUCUUCAAACAGCCGGCAUGGUUUGUUUAGGUAAGACCAACAUGGACGAGUUUGCGAUGGGCUCGUCCAACGAAAACAGCGCCUUUGGUCCGGUCGCCAAUCCCUGGCAUCCGGAUCACGUACCCGGCGGCUCUUCUGGCGGAUCAGCUGCUGCGGUGGGCAGUGGACAGAUACCCGUUGCAACGGGCACCGAUACCGGUGGUUCUAUUCGUCAGCCUGCCGCUUUCUGCGGCAUAACAGGGUUAAAACCAACUUAUGGGCGGGUUUCCCGCUAUGGCAUGGUGGCCUUUGCAUCAAGCCUGGAUCAGGGCGGGCUGUUUGCACACACGGCACAGGAUAUUGCCCUGGUGUUAGGCAGCAUGGCCGGAUUCGAUCCAAAAGACUCAACCAGCACUCCGCGUAACGACGAGUGGCUUACACAAAUUGCCCAGCAGGGUAUUCCGCAACUGGCGCCCAACCUCAAAAUUGGUCUGCCAACUGAAUAUUUUCAAGCCAUGACAGAUACCGAUCACCUGGAUGAGGUGCGCAGAAUUCUGCAACAACUGGGACACACAUGUAUCGACGUGGCACUACCUAAUACGCAGAUGGCUAUUCCCGCCUACUACGUGGUUGCCGGUGCCGAAGCGUCGACCAACUUGUCGCGCUACGACGGCGUGCGUUUUGGCCAUCGCUGUGAAAACCCGGAAUCCCUUGAAGACCUGUAUCAGCGCUCGCGCAGUGAAGGAUUUGGCGAGGAAGUCAAACGCCGCAUCCUGACCGGAACCUAUGCUCUGUCAGUCGGUUACUUUGACGCCUACUAUCUGCAGGCGCAGAAAAUUCGUCGCCUGAUAUCUAACGACUUCAGCAACGUCUUCAGGCAGGUAGACCUGCUGCUGACACCAACGGCGCCGGGGCCCGCGUUUGCCGCCGGGGCGCUGAAACAAGACCCGGUUGCCAUGUAUCAGCAGGAUAAAUUCACAGUGCCGGCCAGCCUCGCAGGGCUGCCUGCGCUGUCCAUGCCCUGCGGAUUCAAACAGGGUCUGCCGCUCGGUGCGCAGCUCAUCGGACCCGCAUAUCGAGAAGAUCUGAUGAACUGGGAAGCGGUCAUCGGCCUGGAGAUUCACGUCCAGCUCGCAACAAAAAGCAAAAUUUUUUCUGGUGCAUCCACUGAGUUUGGAGCCGAGCCCAACGCGCAAGCGUGUGCCAUCGACCUCGGUUUACCUGGUGUGUUGCCUGUACUCAACGAAGCCGCCGUUGCCAUGGCAGUCAAAUUCGGCCUGGCCAUCGGCGCGCAGAUUAACCUGCACUCGGUUUUCGAUCGCAAAAACUAUUUUUAUCCCGAUCUGCCUAAGGGUUAUCAGAUCAGCCAGUUCGAAACACCCAUUGUUGGAUUUGGCGAAGUUGAACUGCUGCUUGACGAUGGCCAGCAGCGUCGCGUUGGCGUCACCCGCGCGCACCUUGAAGAAGACGCCGGUAAAUCCGUCCACGACCUGUUUCCAGGACAGACCGGCAUCGACCUGAACCGCACCGGGACACCUCUGCUGGAGGUUGUGUCGGAACCGGACAUGCGCAGUGCCGCAGAGGCUGUCGCUUACUUCAAAAAAAUCCACGCGCUGGCACGCUAUCUGAAAAUCUGCGAUGGCAAUCUGGCCGAGGGCAGCAUGCGCUGUGAUGCAAACGUGUCCAUCAGACCGGUAGGCCAGGACAGUUUUGGCGAGCGUACGGAAAUCAAAAACAUCAACUCCUUCCGCUUCGUCGAGCGAGCGAUCAAUUACGAAAUCCAACGUCAGAUCGAGGUGUUAGAAAACGGCGGAAAGAUUGAACGCGAAACACGCCUGUAUGAUCCGGACAAAGACGAAACACGAUCAAUGCGUGGCAAAGAGCUCAGCGCUGAUUACCGCUACUUCCCGGAUCCAGAUCUGUUGCCGCUGGUUUUCAGCGAAGCUUUUGUUGAAGACAUCCGGACACAGCUUCCUGAACUACCUGAGGCGCGACAACAACGGUAUUGCGAGGCGCUGGAGCUGUCUCCCUAUGAUGCUGCAUGGCUGAGCAACGACCCCGACGUCGCCAACUUUUUCGAUCAGACAGUCACCAUCUGUGGCAACGCAAAACAGAGCGCCAACUGGAUAAUGGGGGAGCUGGCGGCUGUGUUGAACAAAGCGGAUCUCGACAUCACGCAGAGCCCCGUGUCACCCCAGCAGCUGGGUCAACUUAUCGCGCGCCUGGACGAUGGCACCUUAUCUUCGAAGACCGCUAAAACACUCUUUGACGCCUUGCGUACAGCUGAUACCGAUGUUGAUGAGCUGAUAGACACGUUGAACCUGAAACAAAUGAGCGACAGCGGUGAACUGGAAGCCAUUGUCGAGCAGGUGAUGGCAGACAAUCCUGCGCAGCUUGAGCAGCUGCGCGGCGGCAAAGAAAAAUUGUUAGGGUUUUUUGUCGGUCAGGUCAUGAAGCUGACACAGGGCAAAGCAAACCCACAGCAGGUUAACGAUAUUAUCCGCGGUAAACUCUGA